CGUAGGUAAUAUUUCAAAUCCAGUUGAACCAUGAGGGUCGAUAUAUCAUGGGGUGUUCUGCUAUGGGUCCCUGUGUUGCUUGUCGAGGGACUUGGACCCGACCACGAGACGUUGUCAAAAUACAGCAACGUCAGUUCCGGUCGGCGUAUCGUCAACGGGAUUCCUGCAAACCCGGAGGAUUUUCAGUACAUAGUUCACCUGCACACAGACGGUCCUCACGCCAGUGGAAACGUGAUAGACGGUCGCUGGAUCCUGACCGUCGCCCAUGCCUUGGUCAACGACGUCUGUCCCAAUUUGAAGAUAUUCCCAUCGAGUUGGCAGCCCGGCGACACCACGACCAUGACCGCGGUCACGUGCUACAUCCACGACAAAUACACUCCGGCCGAAAACGCGUACGACAUCGGCCUGGUGAAGAGUUCGGAUAAUCUCCUUAACAGCGGUCAAUACCAGACGAUCCCUCUCCCCGAACCAGGCACCCAGUACGCUCCUGGUACCAGAGGCACCAUUGCGGGAUGGGGACUUAAAACGGAUGGAACUUUGUCGGACCGUUUGCUGACCGGGGAUGUGAUGGUCGAGAGUUGGGAGACGUGCAACGAGGCGUUUGCGCACAGCCCACCAGAGUGCGGAGGAAAACCGGAGUGUACUGCUUUGAACGUCCCUCGGAGAAUGGUUUGCUUACGAGGCGACGGUCCGAACCCUAAAAACAUUUGUGCCGGAGAUUCUGGAGGGCCUUUGACCAUCGACGGGACUCUGGUAGGCGUCGCAUCCGUAGGGUUCUUCAGCGAUAAGUGCAUUGUUGGAACGGUCACCAUGUUCACAUCUAUCGUCGACUACCUACCGUGGAUAUACUCCUUCACUCAUCCCGAAAAGAAUACGAACGGUUUUCCGGUAGCACCAGAGUUUGAUAAAACUAUACCUGCCUGAGGUGAAAAGUUCUCAAGGCUCACCGACGACUAACGCGGCGAGGUGAAAUGGUGGUGUUUUUUU